UCUAGAGGUUUUGGCCACCUGUUGAAUGCCAAUCGCUGUUUGACAACUUUUGCUUUUUAAUCUUAUGCAUAUUAAAUCAUCGUUUAAAAGCGAUGUUUUGGAGGGUUUUGCAAGUCAUUUGAGCCUUCAAACGUUAAUUUUUAUUAUAGAUAAACUUAAUUUUAAAGUCAGGCAGAACCUGCAAUAAUAAUUUUAAGCACUAAAACGUUAACGUUAUGUCAGAUUCGUGACGUUAAUAAAACGUAAGCGUGAACUUUACGUAAAGUUCUAUCGCAGGUAGCCGAAUUUUAAUGUGUUUUGCGAUGAUUCAACACUAACACAUGUCAAUUCUCAACACAUAUGGAACAUUUUCAAAUGGAACCCUUACAUGCCUUUUUUGCUGUUUUGUUAUUUCAUAUUCUUCAUUUUAAAGCGAAUUACAGAACAGUCAAAACGAACUUCUUUCGUUCCCGCGUUUCGUUGGUGAAUAAAUAGUAUUCCAUAGAAAUAUUUGUCUAUUAACUCACUAUUCAGAGAAUAUCGUCCUCUGCAGAGGUUCAUUCAUAAAGUGAUUAAGAUUAUUGCUCUAUAUUCGGCUAUCGUCACAUAAGUGAAAAAAGUCGUUAAAAAGUUCGUUAAAGACGCUUGAGAGUCGGAAAAAAUUAAAAUUGCUAAAGAAUAAGAAUACUUGGUGCUGAGAAAACACCACGAGAGAGCAAACGAAAGAGAAUUGUGGAAUCGAAACAAUAAGAAGAAAAAAAAACGAUCAUUUUCGGGUGAUUUUUGCUUUCUGAGGGUUCAGUUUAGUUGUGCAUUGAAAGUUGUUUGGAAAGCGACCAAAAAAUGGUGUCUGGAAAUAAAAUGCUUAAUGUUCGUGUCACGACGAUGGACGCUGAGCUGGAAUUUGCCAUCCAGCAAAGCACCACCGGCAAACAACUCUUUGACCAAGUCGUCAAGACGAUUGGAUUACGUGAAGUUUGGUUCUUCGGCUUGCAGUAUACAGACCCGAAAGGUGACCUCACGUGGAUUAAACUCUACAAAAAGGUAAUGAGCCAAGAUAUCCAAAAGACGGAUCCAUUGCAGUUUAAGUUUCGUGCCAAGUUCUAUCCAGAAGACGUCGCCGAGGAAUUGAUUCAGGACAUAACUCUUCGCUUGUUCUAUUUGCAAGUCAAGAAUUCCAUUUUAUCGGAUGAAAUUUAUUGUCCCCCUGAGACUUCCGUUCUGCUUGCUUCGUAUGCUGUUCAAGCACGUCAUGGAGACUUCCAAAAGGUGACGCAUGGUCCUGGAUUUUUAACAAACGACAGAUUACUUCCACAACGUGUCAUUGAUCAACAUAAAAUGUCGAAAGAUGAAUGGGAGACUUCCAUCACCACAUGGUGGCAAGAACAUCGCGGCAUGUUGCGUGAAGACGCAAUGAUGGAAUAUUUGAAAAUUGCUCAGGAUCUGGAGAUGUAUGGCGUGAACUAUUUCGAAAUUCGUAACAAGAAAGGCACUGAAUUGUGGCUUGGAGUUGACGCACUCGGAUUGAAUAUUUACGAGAAAGAUGAUAAAUUGACACCGAAAAUUGGUUUUCCAUGGUCAGAAAUUCGUAACAUUUCGUUUAACGACAAGAAAUUUAUUAUCAAGCCAAUUGAUAAGAAAGCUCCCGACUUUGUGUUCUUCGCACCACGCGUUCGCAUCAAUAAACGUAUUUUAGCUUUGUGCAUGGGCAAUCAUGAACUUUAUAUGCGUCGUCGUAAACCAGACACUAUUGACGUUCAACAAAUGAAAGCUCAAGCUCGUGAAGAGAAGAAUGCUAAACAGCAAGAACGUGAAAAGCUUCAAAUGGCACUUGCUGCACGUGAACGUGCAGAGAAGAAGCAACAAGAGUAUGAAGAUCGUUUACGAACCAUGCAAGAAGAAAUCAAUCGUUCACAAGCGAACUUAAUGGAAGCUCAAGACAUUAUUCGUCGAUUGGAAGAGCAAUUAAAGCAGUUGCAGCUAUCAAAGGAAGAACUCGAACAGCGUCAAAACGAACUUCAAGAUAUGCUUCGUCGAUUGGAAGAAAGCAAGAAUAUGGAAGCAGUCGAACGUAUAAAGCUCGAAGAAGAAAUUGCCGCCAAGCAGGUUGAAGUUGCUCAUAUUCAAGAGGAAGUUGCCGCCAAAGAUUCCGAGACGAAGCGCUUGCAAGAUGAGGUUGAAGAGGCUCGACGCAAACAGCAAGAAGCUGCUGCUGCUUUAUUGCUUGCAACACAAACGCCUCAACAUCAUCAUUUGGCUGAAGAGGGCGAUGAGAAUGGUGAUGAUGAUGAUAUGACUAAUGGCGAUAACGGUUCAGGUGGUGGCGAUGUGUCACGCGAUUUGGACACUGAUGAACAUAUCAAGGACCCUGUUGAAGACAGACGCACCUUGGCUGAGCGUAACGAACGUUUGCACGAUCAACUUAAGGCUUUGAAGCAAGAUUUAGCUCAGUCUCGUGAUGAAACGAAGGAAACAGCCAACGAUAAGCUUCAUCGGGAGAAUGUACGUCAGGGACGUGAUAAAUAUAAGACAUUACGUGAAAUCAGAAAAGGAAACACGAAACGUCGUGUGGAUCAAUUCGAGAAUAUGUAAAAUGAUUGUUUGAAUGGAUGGGGAGGGAACGAUGUAAAUAUCAAGCAACAACUGCACUUAAACUUUAUCUGAUGAUGCUGAGCUACCAACAAAUUCAUUCAACAACACACAAAAGUUAUAACAACUACAUUUCGAUAAAUAAGAUAUUUAGACGGAUUUUUCUUUUUGAUUUCUUAGUAAGAACUUCUAUUUUUUUCCAAUUUAUAUAAAAAAAUAUUCAGGAUGAAACAAACAAUUCUAAUUCAUAAAUUAAGUAAGAAUUGACAUUUUGGAUGUUUUAUGAAAUUCCACAUAAGCAUGUAAAUGAUGAGCUUAAUACGUUGCAUGAUUAUGAUGAUCGUUUCUUAAGAUCACAAAUAUUUUUAUACGCAAUAUAAUAGGGAAAAAGCUUCAAAAUUACUCGUUAACAAAAGUAGUUGCUUCAAAAAUUUAAUUAAAUAUCGACAGUAGAUCUUUAGAUCUAAUCAAAAGUCUUAUCUAAGAAAAUUCUAAAUUUGAGAGAAAAAAAUUUUCCGUGAUAAGUUUUCGACUAAUUAAAGAUGAUUUAUUGAAAGGAAAGUUAAGCCAUUACCACAAUUUUGUCGUAAAUUUGUUGAAUAUGAAUAAAGUUUCUUUUUUUUUCUUUUUUGCCUAAAUAUGCAACUUUUUUACUUCUACACUUGUUUAGUUCUUUAUAUCGUAAGUUAUUCCAUCAACAUUAUAACGAAAAAGUUUGUCAAUUGACAUUUGCUUGAUAGAAAUGAAAUGAAAGUUAAGAUAAAAUAAAUUUGAAAUACUUUCUUUUUUAUUUUUCUUGCAGUCGUAACAUAGAAAAAGAAAAUUUUAGUAACAAAAUAAUAAUGAACGAAAGUAUUAAAAUAAAGAAAAAUAAUUUUGCACUUUUAUAUCAGAGAAGAAAAAAUGUUAAAAGGCUUAAGCUUAAUAAUCGAAAAUAAUAAAAGAAAAAUCAAUUUUUAGGCUUAGAUUUUAAAACUAACUAAAAAAAUGUAGGAGAAAAUGCCUCCAAAUCGAUGAUUGAAAGAAAUUUAUCAGAUUUAUUAUCUUCUUUGCGUAAUUCAUAAGGAAAAGAAAUCAAAAACUGAGAAUCGAGGAUUUGUAACUGGAUAUGUAUUUUAGAUUAAAUAUUAAUGUCCAUGUGCGUCGAAGUUAAUAAGCACGAUGAAAGAAAUGAAAAACAAAUGGUGGCCUUUACAAACAUAUUAUAAAUAAUUAAAGAAAAUGAAAAGCAUUAAAUUAAUCCGAAAGACAUUUUUCCCAUCUUCCCCAUGCUACCGAAAACUAAAUGUGUAAAAUAUCAAUUUUCUUUCCGUGAAACACAUUUUUUUAAUUUUAAACUUUUUAUUAUUAUUCAUAUGGUUAAACAGAACAGAAAAAAGCAAAUUGAAAUUUCAACUUAAAGAAAAGGAAUUUUCUGUUAAUUAUUAUGUUAAAAUAAUUUUGAUGUAUUAUUUUCAAAUAAUAAAAAUUUAAAAAGAAUUUGUUAUCGUCGCCUUUUCAUUAAUGUUCCAUUGCAGGUGCUUCGAUGUCGUUCGUACUGCUUUCGAUAAAGAAAAUCUUGCUUACAAUAUUCACAAGUGUAAAUCUUUGAUGCUUCUUUGUGGACACUGAACAUGUGCUCUUUGAGAUUAUAACUGGCUGUAAAUGAUUUUGAACACUGCGUGCAAUGAUGAUUUCUCUGAUUGAAAUGGACACCUAAAAUAUGACGAGUAAUUCCUGAUUUGUCGCGAAACGUUUUCUCGCACCAAUUACAAGAAAAUUUCAAAUUUUGAUGCGAACGUUUGAUGUGAAGUUGCAAACGAUCCAAUUCGAAGAACGGUCGACCACAGAAGUUGCAGCAAUAUCGAGGAGCAGCAAAAUGAAUUUUGUAAUGUUUUUCAUAUGCAACCGCAGAAGGAAUUUUGCAUCUUAAACAGAGUGGACAGUCCGUUCCAGCGUAAUCUUUAUGCUCUAUUUCAACGUGUUUCUUCUUAGCAACUCCCAAAGAAAAAGUUUCAUUGCAAAUGUAACAUUUAAAUGGUCGUUCAUGAGGAUCUCUGCAGUCGGUGAAUAUCGCAAGAUGCUCAUGAAGUUCCUCAUAAGUGUUAAAGUCAGUUUGACAACCUUUGCAUUUGUUACUUUGCGCAGGUGGAAUUUUAUGACGACGAUGUUGAUGAUUUUCGAGAUUUCGUUUGGAUUUCAACACUUCUGGGCACAGCAUGCAAGGUUUGUUUUUUCCUCUUUCAUGUGCUGCAAAAUGUUUUGCCAUGUUUCGUUCCAUUUGAUCUCUGUCUUCAUCCGUAUUGAAUUCAUAGCUGCAGAUUCCACACACGAGAUUAUUUUUGUCUCCAAUUUGAUGAACUUCCCAUUCGUGAUUUUUUAGACUUGCUUCGUAGUUGAAUGAGACGUUUGGAUUACAAAGCAUGCAAAAGAAUUUUGUUACGACGUUUUCAACGAAUGUGAAUUCACCUGGUUCAGAAACUUCAAUGCUAUAAUCCUCAGUGAUCACAUCUUGUUCCAAAUACUCAAUCUCUUCAUACAUGUCGUUUGUGGCCUGAAAAGUUUCGUCGAUAACUUCAGCGACUGUUUCUCCUGUAAAUUCCUCAACUAUUUGAUAUUCCACAGGUUCUUCAUAAACUUCGUAAUCAGGUUUAAUAUCAGCUUCAUCUCCUUGAAUCUCGAGUUCUUGCACUUCAAAAUAUUCAUUUUUAACAUCAGCAACUGGCAAGAUUUCGCCUGUAAGUUCUUGAACUUUCUCUUUCAGUUUCGAUUGAAAUUUUUUUUCUAGAUUUUUUAAUGUUCUGUCAGUAUCUAGACAUUUGAUUUUUAAAUCAUAUGAUGCGCAUAUAUCAUUAAAACAUUUUCUACAUAGUGUUUUACUAAAAUUGUCACUUUUCGCUAUUUUUAAUCCACAGACAAAUAGUAGCUUUUCCUCUAUUGCAAUACCUUUAAUUCGUUUAUAUAUUGAAAAUUGAUCAAUAGUAGUUUCACCUAGACAGACUCUACAUUGAUUAUCGUCCA